AGACGACGACGAUGUCAAAUUGUCAAUUGUCAAACAACCCCAGUUCCCAAAAUACCAAAAACCCCCAAAAGUCACAAAACCCCACAAUUAAAGUAACAACAUUUUAAAUGAUUCGCCAAUUACACUCUUUUUUCCUUCCAGAUUUUGUAAGAAAAACAAACAAAAUUGAAACAAACAAAAAAAACGUUACCUUUUUCAUUGAUCUCUCUCUCUCUCACAAUUCUCUGCAAAUGAGUUAAUUCCCUAUGGCUGCCAUGUUGAUGCAGCCAUGGCUUCCUAAUCUAACCCUAAUUUUGUUCUCCUUAAUCCUCUUUUUCCCUAACCUAUCCUUUUCUCAAUCCGACUCUCCUCAAAACAUCGAAACAUUUUUCCCAAAUGACACAAUCUCCGCUCCAACUCCAUCUCCGGCUCCGUCUCCGCCGUCACCACCAACAUCUUCCUCUUCAGCAGACAGAGGUAAGAUCACGAGGGCUGUGCUUAUAACCGCGGCUAGUACUUUUCUUGUAGCAGCUGUGUUCUUCUUCUUCCUCCAUAAGUGCGUCAUCGCACGGCGGCGAAGAAGGAACAGAGUCGGUGGAGUCGAGAACACGCUUCCUCCGCCGAUACCUCCGUCGGCGGAAACGACCUUAGCUCGCGAAGGGUUUACACGAUUCGGCGGAAACGUAAAGGGUUUGAUCCUUGACGAGAAUGGUCUCGAUGUGUUGUAUUGGAGAAAGUCUCAGAGUCAGAGGAACAAUAAAAUUGGAAGCUUUAAGAAAGAGAUCGUUCACGGCAACGACGGCGGCGAAGACGACGAAGAGAAGAAUGUGAUUUAUUCAAAGAACAAGAAGAAAUCGGAGGUUCCUCUUCUCAGAGGAAGAUCAUCGACUUCUCAAAGUGUAGUUCACAACGAUAAUUACAAGAACACCACCACCACCACUCAUCCUCCUCCUCCUCCUCCUCAUGUCAAGACUGAGUCUUUCAAAAUUACCAAAUCAGAUCCGUCACCACCGCCACCGCCACCGCCAAUUCCGGUUAAGCAGAGUGCUCCACCACCUCCUCCUCCUACGCCUAAGAAUGGUCCAUCUCCGCCGCCACCUCCGCCGUUGAAAAAGACUGCGGCUUUGUCUUCAUCAGUUUCAAAACCACCACCAGCUCCUAGAGGAUCAUCAUCUUCAGGGGAAGGAUCAAAUGGUCAGGUAAAGCUCAAGCCUUUACAUUGGGAUAAAGUCAACCCUGACUCUGAUCAUUCCAUGGUUUGGGACAAAAUCGAUCGUGGCUCAUUCAGUUUCGAUGGCGAUUUAAUGGAGGCUCUCUUCGGAUACGUGGCGGUGAAGAAAUCUCCAGACAACGGCGGCGAUAAGAAACCUAACUCAACCUUACCGACGCAGAUUUUUAUACUUGACCCGAGAAAAUCUCAGAACACAGCGAUCGUGCUCAAAUCCUUAGGUAUGACUCGUGAUGAGCUUGUGGAAUCGUUAAUGGAAGGUCACGAUUUCCAUCCAGACACACUCGAGAGGCUCUCAAGAAUAGCUCCGACGAAAGAAGAACAGUUAGAGAUUCUUCAAUUCGACGGUGACAUGAAAAUGCUAGCCGACGCUGAGUCGUUCUUGUUUCAUCUUCUAAAGGCUGUGCCUUGUGCCUUCACUCGUCUUAACGCGUUGCUCUUUAGAGCUAAUUACUAUCCAGAGAUAUCAAACUAUAACAAGUCACUUGAGACGCUGGACUUAGCUUGCACAGAGCUUAGAUCACGUGGCUUGUUCGUGAAGCUUCUUGAAGCGAUAUUGAAAUCUGGCAACAGAAUGAAUCAGGGAACAGCUAGAGGAGAUGCUCAAGCUUUUAACCUCACCGCGCUUUUGAAACUUUCCGAUGUGAAGAGUGUUGAUGGGAAGACGACUUUGCUUAACUUUGUUGUGGAAGAAGUGGUUAGGUCCGAAGGGAAGCGAUGCGUGGUUAACCGAAGGAGUAACCGUAGCUUUAGCCGUAGCAGUAGCAGUAGCAGUUCGAUUUCCGAGGUUAUAUCCAAGGAAGAGCAAGAGAAGGAGUAUUUAAGACUCGGUUUGCCUGUUGUUGGAGGGUUAAGCGCUGAGUUCUCCAAUGUUAAGAAAGCUGCAGCUAUAGACUAUGACACGGUUGCUGCAACUUGCUUGGCUCUUAUGUCUAGAGCGAAAGAUGCUAGACGAGUGUUAGCGCAGAGCGAAGGAGAUAAGAAAGGAGAGAGGUUUGUGAAGAAGAUGAAUGAGUUUCUUGAUUCUGUUGAGGAAGAACUGAAGUUAGCUAGAGAUGAAGAGAAGAAAGUGAUGGAGCUUGUGAAGAAAACAACAGAGUAUUACCAAGCAGGAGCUGUGAAAGGAAAGAAUCCACUUCAUUUGUUUGUUAUUGUUAGGGAUUUUCUCGCUAUGGUUGAUAAAGUAUGUGUAGAGAUCUCAAGAAAUUUGCAGAGGAGGACUACAAUGGGGAGUCCACAGCAGAGGAACGCGGUGAAGUUCCCGGUUUUGCCUCCGAAUUUCAUGUCCGAUAGAUCUAAAAGUGAUUCUGGUGGAUCAGAUUCCGAUAUGUGAGUUUGCAAAAGGUCUUGAUGAGAAAUGAUUUGCUCGGUGUAAAUAAUAGAAUCGUUUGGGAAUUGAUUAUAUUUUUUGCCUAAACAACUUUUUGAAGUGUUAAUAAGAUUACUAGUCCGGGGUUUUUUUCUGCA